AAGAGCGGGUCCCCGUCACGUGAUGCUGGCGCCGGCCGGUACAGCGGAUAACGGGUCACGUGAGAGGGGAACGAAGAUGGCGGCCGGCGGGCUGUGCGCGAGGAGCAGCAGAGAACUCUGGACCAUUCUGCUGGGCAGAUCGGCUUUGAGAGAACCUGGUCAGAUUGCAGCAGAGUUGAACAAGCAUUGGCAGAGGCUACUAGAGGGGCUUUCAUACUACAAACCUCCCAGUGCAAGUUCAGCCGAAAAAGUAAAAGCUGAUAAAGAUGUGGCUGCUCCACUGAAGGAACUGGGCCUGAGGAUCAGCAAGUUUUUGGGGCUGGAUGAAGAGCAAAGUGUGCAGCUAUUGCAGUGUUAUCUUCAAGAGGAUUACAGAGGGACCCGGGACUCACUUAAGACUGUCCUGCAGGAUGAAAGGCAGAGUCAGGCUCUGAUGUUGAAGCUUGCUGACUAUUACUAUGAAGAAAGAAUGUGCAUUCUGCGCUGUGUCCUCAACCUACUCACUUAUUUUCAGGAUGAGAGGCACCCCUACAUGGCACAAUACUCGCAGUGUGUUGAGAAGCUGGACAAGGAACUGGUUCCUAAUUACCGGAAACAGUUUGAAGAUCUAUACAAAGCAGAAGCUCCUACAUGGGAAACGCAUGGAAAUCUCAUGACAGAGCGCCAGGUGUCCCACUGGUUUGUGCAGUGCCUCCGCGAGCAAUCCAUGCUUCUAGAAGUCAUCUUCCUUUACUAUGCAUACUUUGAGAUGGCACCUGAUGAGCUGCUGACCUUUGCCAGGCUUUUCAAAGAACAGGGAUUUGGCUCUAGACAGACCAACAGGCAUUUGGUGGAUGAAAGCAUGGAUCACCUGGUGGAUCGUAUUGGCUACUUCAGUGCUCUUAUCCUGGUGGAGGGCAUGGAAAUUGACUCCCUGCAUGAACGUGUGUUGGAUGAUAGGACGGAGGAACAUAAAUUUGCCAGUAAUGGGCGUAUGCACCAGGAAAUGGACCAUCUGCUGCUGACUUUAGGGGACAUCUCUCAUCAUGCCCCUGUGCUCUUGGCCUGGGCUUUGCUCCGUCACACAGUAACCCCAGAGGAGUCGACCAAUGCGAUCAGGCGAAUGGGAAGUACUGCUAUCCAGCUGAAUAUAUUCCAGUACCUGACAAAGCUGCUACGAUCACUCAGCAGUGGGGGGAAAAAUUGUACUGCCAGCACAGCUUGCAUGUGUAUUUAUGGGCUGCUUUCCUUUGUUCUGACCUCACUGGAAUUACAUACCUUAGGCAAUCAGCAGGACAUCAUUGAUGCAGCCUGUGAAGUUCUAGCAGCUUCCAGCAUUCCACAGCUCUUCUGGAGGACGGUGAGUACUUUGGGACUUCUUUGGCCUUUCCUGCUUGCUGUCAUACCUUCCUGCUCAAAGCCCUUGUAUCGGCUAAAUAUACUGCAAAAAAGCAAUGCUCCAAGCCUGCAGUCCUUGUGCAUCUUCAGCCUGGCCAACACGGAAGCAGGACAGGCUGUCAUUAACAUCAUGGGCAUCGGUGUGGACACCAUUGAUAUGGUAAUGGCCUCACAGUCCUGUAGGUGCUCAGGGAACAAUCUGAUUGCUGUCUUGGCCAAAUAUAUCUACCACAAACACGACCCAGCACUGCCACGCCUUGCCAUCCAGCUGCUCAAACGACUCGCUACGGUAGCUCCGAUGUCUGUUUACGCCUGCCUUGGGAGUGAUGCUGCUGCCAUUCGUGAUGCCUUUUUGACCCGCCUGCAGAGUAAGAUUGAGGACAUGCGCAUUAAAGUCAUGAUCCUGGAGUUCCUCACUGUUGCUGUAGAGACACAGCCUGGGCUCAUUGAGCUCUUCCUGAACCUGGAAGUGAAAGAUGGGAGUGAUGGGUCAAAGGAAUUCAGCUUAGGGGAAUGGAGUUGCCUCCAAGUGGUCUUGGAACUGAUAGACUCCAAACAGCAGGAAAGAUACUGGUGCCCUCCCCUCUUGCACCGGGCUGCCAUUGCAUUCCUUCAUGCCCUGUGGCAGGACCGUCGGGAUAGUGCCAUGCUGGUCUUGAGGACCAAGCCAAAGUUUUGGGAAAACUUAACCAACCCCCUCUUUGGGACCCUUUCUCCCCCAGAAACAUCAGAGCUCAGUGUCUUGGACACUUGUGCCUUAAUCAUGAAAAUCAUCUGCCUGGAGAUCUACUAUGUGGUCAAGGGCUCACUGGACCAAUCCCUGAAAGACACCCUGAAGAAGUUCUCCACAGAAAAGCGCUUUGCUUACUGGUCAGGAUAUGUGAAGUCAUUGGCAUUGCAUAUGGCAGAGACAGAGGGUAGCAGCUGCACCUCCUUGACGGAGUAUCAGAUGCUGAUCUCGGCCUGGCGGAUGUUGCUGAUUAUCUCCACCAGUCAUGCAGAUAUAAUGCAUCUGACUGAAACUGCAGUCCGGCAGCAACUGUUUCUGGAGGUGCUAAGUGGGACCAAAGCUUUACUGCUGGUCCCCAUGUCGGUGUUGUGCCUGCAGCUGGGGUCCAUGCUGUGCACCCUUCUGCUGAUCCUGCUUAAACAGUGGAAGAGCGAGUUGGGUUCUGUGGAUAAAAUCAUAAACUCCUUGACGCAGAUUCUGGAGGGAGUGCUGCAGGCAGAUCAGCAGAUGAUGGAGAAGACCAAGGCUAAGGUGUUCUCUGCUCUCAUCACUGUUCUGCAGAUGAAGGAGAUGAAAGUGAGCGAGAUCCCUCAGUACUCCCAGCUGGUGAUGAGCGUGUGCGAGACCCUCCAAGAUGAAGUAAUUGUGCUCUUUGAUCAGACACGACAUAGCCUCACGUCUGGAGACUCUGCAGAUGACAAGGACAGCAUGGAAACAGAUGAUGCCUGCCGGGGUAAACACAAGGACCAGCGAGAUGGGGUGUGUGUUCUAGGGCUGCAUCUGGCAAAGGAACUCUGUGAAGUAGACGAAGAUGGAGAUUACUGGCUGCAGGUUACUAGGAAGGUCCCUAUGCUGCCUACUAUCUUCACUGCCCUAGAGAUCAGCCUGAGAGUUAAACAAAACCUUCACUUCACAGAAGCCUCAUUGCAUCUACUGCUGACCUUAGCCAGGACGCAACAGGGUGCAGCAGCUGUGGCAAGUGCUGGUGUCACACAGAGCAUCUGUUUGUCCCUCUUGAGCGUAUACCAGCUCAGCACUAAUGGAACAAUUCAGACACCUGCUUCAUCUCGGAAGUCUCUGGAUGCCCCAUCCUGGCCUGGGGUCUAUCGUCUCUCCAUAUCAUUGAUGGAGCGCCUUCUUAAGACACUAAGGUACAACUUCCUGACAGAGGCACUGGACUUUGUGGGUGUCCAUCAGGAGAGGAUUCUUCAGUGCCUGAAUGCAGUACGGACAGUGCAGAGCCUGGCCUGUCUGGAAGAAGCUGACCACACUGUUGGCUUCAUUCUUCAGCUCUCCAACUUUAUGAAAGAGUGGCAUUUCCACCUUCCACAGCUCUUGAGGGACAUACAGGUGAACUUGUGUUACCUCUGCCAGGCUUGUACCUCCCUCCUGCACAGCCGCAAAAUGCUUCAGCACUACCUGCAGACGAAAAAUGGCGACUCCCUCCCAUCAGCUGUGACACCUCGAGUGCAACGCACCCCCCAGACCUCCUCCAAGCAUCCGAGCCCUGAGUCAGAGGCAGCCGAGCAGAAGGCGCUGCGUACGGUGCAGUAUGGUCUCUUGAAAAUCCUCAGCAAAUCUCUAGCUGCCCUACGCCACUUCACCCCCGACGUCUGCCAGAUCCUCCUCGAUCAGUCACUGGACCUGGCUGAGUACAACCUUCUCUUUGUUCUGAGUUUUACAACACCUGCCUUCGAUUCAGAUGUUGCUCCCUCCUUUGGGACCCUCUUGGCCACUGUCAAUGUGGCCCUUAACAUGUUGGGAGAGCUGGAUAAGAAGAAAGAGCCCUUCGCUCAAGCUGCAGGGCUGAAUACACAAGAGGAGACUAAAACUCUUAAGUCUUUGCUCAUGUUUACAAUGGAAAACUGUUUCUACCUGCUCAUCUCCCAGGCUGUUCGGUAUUUGAGGGACCCAGCGGUGCAUCCACGAGACAAGCAGCGGAUGAAGCAGGAGCUCAGCUCUGAGCUGAGUACACUGCUCUCAAGCCUGUCUCGUUACUUUCGCCGGGGCGGCCCCUCUUCUCCAGCCAGUGGGGUUCUUCCCUCCCCCCAGGGAAAGUCUGCCUCCAAGAUUGGCCCUGAGGGGCAGGAGCCUUUGGUCCAGCUGGUACAAGCCUUUGUCAGACAUGUGCAGAGAUAGGUUGUGUGCUAUUGCUGCUAUUUCAGGAUUGCACCAGAACUAUUCAUUUCCACCUCAGAAGGCAUCAUGCUCGGUUGGGCUCAUAACUGAGUUGUAACAUCUGCUGGGGAAGAUAGAUCCUGUUGAAUGCUUGCACCUGAGUCGGAGAGUCAACAUAAGAAGGUCCAAGAACGCUGCCCUGUCCAAAGAACUGCUCAGUCCAUGCAUGCUCCUUGCCUGCUAGAGCGAUCAGGCUGGGUUUAAGUGUUGACCAGUCAAAACCUUUAUUUUUAUAGCUUGUACACAGCAGUUGGGUGGGGAGAGGAGGCAGGUUUUUAACUAUUUUCCUUUGGGCAUUAACUCUGCUCUUAGUACAAGGUGCAAUCUUCUUCUCCCCAUCAGUAAGUCUGGUGAGGCACAGGCUAGUGAGCAGCCAGCAAUUCAGAGACCAGCUUUCUAUUGCUAUUUUUGUAUCAAAGGGGUGCCAGUCACUGCUGCUGGGUUGGCAGAGCAAGGUAAGAUGGUGUAUGUGCACCUGUGUCCCUCCUGCUGUUGAUUUGCGUGAUAUGUACAUUUUUGAGGACUAGAAGGCAGCCUCCUCCAAAAGGUUUUUAAGUCAAAAUUCCAUUGCUUGGAUCUUGCAUUUUUUUGUAACUGUGCCCUAUUUAUACUGAUAUUAAAACAUUUAUAAACAGCA